CACCUGUGUCCCAGAGUUCCCCGCGGCGCUGCAAAGCCUCCUGGGAAGGGCCCCUGUCCGGGUCCCGGCUUCUUCGGGGCGCGAGUCCUGGAGUUACGGAAGGAGAGAGACCUCGGAGGGACCCUGGAGCUGGGACUUCCAUAAAGUCAUUCUUCCUCUGAGCCUCAGUUACUUCGCCUAUAAAGUGGUGAUAAUGGUGCUCCACGCGUCAAGGAAACUCCCGGCGCAAAUGCUGGGUGUUCUGGUGCCCUCCUCCUGUUGUACUUCUUCCUGAGAUGCUGAUUGGGCUCAUGGCUUUAGGCAGGCCGAGAGCUGGGGCAUGAGGACCCCAAGCCCAGUCAAACUGUUUCUCUCCCGACAGGCACAGCUGCUGGGAAUAGACGUAACAUUUAUUUUUUGAGAGCCUGCUGUGUGCCAGGUGAUGGCCUAACAUGUAGUAUGUCGUAGUAUGUCAGCCUUAACCGUCCCCUGGAGGUCUGCAGUGUUAACAAUUGAGGCACUGACAGGCAUGCCUCCGAGAUGUUGAGAGUUUGGUCCCAGACUACCCCGCAGUUAAGCGAGUUGUAUUCUUGUUGGUGGAGGGUCUUCCAUUCCUAAAAAAUGCGACACCUGUGAAGCACAGUACAGGGAAGCUCGGGAAUAGGAGGUAUGCCUACAGGGAAUUGUAACGUACAGGAAGUCUAAGUCAUGCGCUUAAUGUGGCGGAGUCCAGUUGUAUCUGACACCUCUUACAUCCUCUCAGAUGGCUCUGACAUCUAUAUUCUGGAGUCCUCUGAAAUCAGAGCUAUCAGAUGAAAGUGACUCGAACAGAAACCUCAGACAAGCCAGCAGGAAAAAGAAGAAGGAGAAAAAGAAGAAGAGGAAGCAUCAGCACCACAAGAAAACCAAGAGAAAACGCGGGCAGUCCGGUAGCAGUGGGUCUGAACCAGACACUGACUCUGAAAAGGACAAAUCCCCCAGAGGCCUCAGAGGCGGGAACAGAGGACCGGAGACACUGAGCCAAGAAAAGAAUGCUGCUGCUGCUCCUGCUGCUGGGCUCCGCUGUGUUUGGCUUGAGGACAUCCAGGCUCUGACAGGAGAAACCUUCAGAACAGAUAAGAAACCAGACCCUGCAAACUGGGAAUAUAAGUCUCUCUACCGAGGAGAUAUAGCCAGAUACAAGAGGAAAGGAGACUCCUGCCUUGGCAUUAACCCUAAGAAGCAGUGCAUAUCCUGGGAGGGGGCUUCCACGGGAAAGAAGCGUGCGCACAAGCAUGUCGAGCGCUAUUUCACGAAGAAGAACGUGGGGCUGAUGAACGCUGAUGGAGUUGCCGUGAGCAGUAAAACUGACCCUCCCUCGUCUGCGCCCCUCUCCUUCAUCCCAGUGAAGGACUCGGACGAUGUGGCUCCUCCUGUUACAACCUGGUUGAACCCUCUGGGGAUUUAUGAUCAAUCCACCACCCAGUGGUUACAGGGACAAGGUCCUUCAGAGCAGGAAUCUAAGCAGCCAGACUCACAGCCAGACCAUGAGGACGCGCUUCUCAAGGCCAGGGUGGAGGAGUUCAACCGGAGGGUGCGGGAGAAUCCUCGGGAUACUCAGCUGUGGAUGGCGUUCGUUGCUUUUCAGGACGAGGUCAUGCGGAGCCCUGGCCUGUAUGCCAUCGAGGAAGGCGAGCAGGAGAAGCGGAAGCGGUCCCUGAAGCUCAUCCUGGAGAAGAAGCUGGCCAUUCUGGAGCGGGCCAUCGACAGCAACCCGAGCAGCGUGGACCUGAAACUCGCCAAGCUGAAGCUCUGCACGGAGUUCUGGGAGCCCUCCACGCUGGUCAAAGAGUGGCAGAAGCUGAUAUUCCUGCACCCCAACAAUACAGCCCUUUGGCAGAAAUACCUUUUGUUUUGCCAGAGCCAGUUCAGCACCUUUUCAAUAUCAAAAAUUCACAGCCUUUAUGGGAAAUGCUUGAGUACAUUGUCUGCUGUGAAGGAUGGUAGCAUCUUGUCUCACCCUGAGCUGCCUGGCACCGAGGAGGCCAUGUUUGCGCUCUUCCUUCAGCAGUGCCACUUCCUGCGCCAGGCCGGGCACGCGGAGAAGGCCGUCUCCUUGUUCCAGGCCAUGGUCGACUUCACCUUCUUCAAACCCGACAGCGUGAAAGACCUGCCCACCAGAGGGCAGGUGGAGUUCUUUGAGCCCUUUUGGGACAGCGGAGAGCCCCGGGCUGGGGAGAAGGGCGCCCGAGGCUGGAGAGCGUGGAUGCACCAGCAGGAGCGGGGCGGCUGGGUGGUCAUCAACCCAGAUGAUGAUGAUGAUGAACCAGAAGAGGAUGACCAGGACAUCAGAGAUAAGACCCUGCCCAGGUGGCAGAUCUGGCUUGCUGCUGAGCGGUCCCGAGACCAGAGGCACUGGCGGCCGUGGCGCCCUGAUAAGACCAAGAAGCAAACCGAGGAAGACUGUGAGGAUCCAGAGAGACAGGUGCUGUUUGAUGAUAUUGGACAAUCUCUAAUCCGACUUUCCAGCCAAGCUCUUCAGUUCCAGCUGAUUGUGGCCUUUCUGCAGUUCUUGGGUGUGCCUGCUGGCUUCAGCCCUCCAGCCUCCUGCCUCUACCUGGCCAUGGAUGAGAACAGCAUCUUUGAUAACGGACUUUAUGACGAACAGCCAUUGACUGUUCUCAACCUUUCAUUUUCUGGCAUCAGCUGUGUUGGUCGCACGGACCAGUUGGGCUGCCGGCGCUGGACCAGGGGUCACAGCCGAGAGGGCGAGGAGUUCAUCCGCAACAUCUUCCACCUGGUGAUGCCUUUGUUUUCCGGCAGGGAGAGGUCCCAGCUCUGCUCCUCCUGGCUACGGUACGAGAUCGCAAAGGUCAUUUGGUGUCUGCACACUAAAAACAAGAAGAGGUUAAAAUCACGAGGAAAGAACUGCAAAAAACUAGCCAAGAAUCUCCUUAAGGAGCCAGAAAACUGCAACAAUUUUUGCCUCUGGAAGCAGUAUGCACAUCUGGAAUGGUUGCUUGGCAACACAGAGGACGCCAGAAAAGUUUUCGAUACAGCGCUCAGCACGGCAGGGAGCGGGGAGCUGAAGGACCCUGAGGUCUGUGAGCUCAGUCUGCUCUAUGCUGAGCUGGAGCUGGAGCUGGCGCCAGACACCAGAGUGGCCACCGCGGCCCGAGCUGUUCACAUAUUAACCAGGCUGGCUGAGAGCAGUCCCUAUGGGCCCUACACUGGGCAAGUCCUGGCCAUUCACAUUUUGAAAGCUCGGAAGGCUUACGAACACGCACUGCAGGACUGUUUGUGUGAGGGCCGCGUCUCCGAUCCCGCUGCCACUGCCUCCCUUAACCGCCUAGUUAGUGUGGUUAAAUGCUUUAUGCUCUUCCAGUAUUUGACCAUAGGGAUCGAUGCCGCUGUGCAGAUAUACGAGCAGGUAUUUGCAAAACUGAAGGGCUCUCUUUCCCCAGAGGGCCCAGGCCUGGAGGCCAGUGCCUGCCCCCCAAGUGUGAGCAGUGUCCUCGAGGCUGUCACACUGAUGCACACGAGCCUGCUCAGGUUCCACAUGAAAGUCAGCGUGUACCCUCUGGCUCCUCUGCGGCAGGCGCUCUCAGAGGCUUUAAAGUUGUAUCCGGGCAACCAGGUUCUUUGGAGGUCCUACGUUCAGCUUCAGAGCAAGUCCCACAGCGCCAGCAAGACCAGGAGAUUCUUCGGUGCCAUCACCAGGUCUUCGGAACCCUUGGAGCCUUGGCUGUUUGCCAUUGAAGCUGAGAAAAUGAGGAAAAGACUGGUGGAGACCGUGCAGAGGGUAGAUGGCAGGGAGGUCUACGCCACAAUUCCUGAGACCGGCUUGACGCACCGGAUCAGAGCCCUGUUUGAAAACGCGAUCCGGAGUGAGCACGGCAGCCAGUGCCCCUUACUGUGGAGGAUGUACUUGAGUUUUUUGGUUUCGUUAGGAAAUAAGGACAGAAGCAAGGGCGUGUUCUACAAAGCGCUUCAGAGUUGUCCUUGGGCAAAGGCGCUGUACAUGGACGCCGUGGAGUACUUCCCCGAUGAGAUGCAGGAGAUCCUGGACCUGAUGACCGAGAAGGAGCUCCGAGUGCGCCUGCCCCUGGAGGAGCUGGAGCUGUUGCUGGAGGACUAGAGACCGGGGAUGGGCCACGCCUCAGGGCAUGUCCCUGCCCUGGGAGCCGGGGGAGCACGAGGUGGGAUCAGGUGUGCGAGCAUGCGUGCCAGCAGACCCGUUUUUAAAGUUUUCUAGAUAAUUUAUAUCUAGUUCAUCAGUCUCGUCUCUUGCACAUUUUUUUGGAUGUGCCAGUGACACAGAAGCCCUCGUUUUACAUAUUAUAGAUGCGCAUCUUGUGUUUACAUGUACAUAGACAAGAACAGGGCAGUGGUAACCAAA